AUGUUGUUGGCGACACUGUUUAUACUAUCCCCGAUAGUGUUAACAAUAGGCCUAUUGUGGCAAAAGUGGCGGUUUUGGAGACGACAGGGAAUACCGACCGAUUGGUCGGCCAGAAGUGGUCAACCCUUUCAUAUAUCGGAUAACGAGUGCCACAGAAAACACGGCAAAGUUGUCGGUUUUUACGAAGGGUUGAGACCCUGUUUAUCAAUAACUGAUCCAAAUCUCAUACGCAAAGUACUGGUCACUGACUUUCACAAGUUUGCUAACCACAGGGAACUUCCGGCCGAGUGUGAGCCAAUAGAAAAGGGUGUAUUUUUUACGCCAUACCCGCAAUGGAAACGUAUCCGUGCGCUGCACUCCACAGCCUUCACCACCGGUCGCCUCAAAGCUAUGCUACCGAUAAUGUCGGACACGUUUGACCGGUUGGUCACUCUAUUGGACCCGAAAGCUCGGGACAGCCAAGUGGUAGACUUCCGCACAGUUUACGACUCGUUCACGUUUGACGUGAUUACUAGGGCUGUGGCCGGCGCCGAUACAAACGCACUGAGUCACCCUGGUCAUAAUCCGCUGUUGAAAGCGAUCCAGUUGAUAUUUCAAGCUGACCUAGGUCUAAAACAGGCUUUGGUACCCGACCUGUUGCAGCACUCAAUUAAUGCUAGCGUAUGGGCCGAUAGGUAUCCCAACCCUCCAGUCGACGUUAAUAAAGCUUUUGAUAAAUUGACCGAGGUAGAAGUGAUUGGCAUGUCGAUGAGCAUGUUGGGCGCCGGAUACGAGACCACUGCCUCCCAGUUGUGUUACAUAACUCGCAUACUUGCGCUCAAACCCUUGUAUCAAACAAAACUGGUUCACGAGAUUCAUAACACUCUGUAUACUAAGGAUACCAAUGAGUUGUCUAUGGAUUACGAAAAACUACAGAAAAUGCCAUUUUUGGACGCCUUUAUCAAAGAAGUGAUGCGAGUUAACUGCUCGGUCACCCGAGUCGACAGAAUCGUCACAAACGACACGUAUUUAGAGGGCAUUUAUCUGCCAAAAGACACGCCUAUUAUAAUACCUAUUUGGGCGCUGCACAUAGACCCUGAUCACUUUCCCGAGCCUAUGGAAUUUAAACUGGAACGUUUUUUACAUGACAAUAUAGAUACUAUCAAACCGUAUACAUACCUACCCUUCGCCACCGGCCCUCGCAAUUGCAUUGGUUAUCGUUUUGCUUUAUUAGAGCUCAAGUAUACGUUAGUUAAGCUGUUGUGUAGGUAUGAGUUUGUGGCCUGCAAUGAGACCAAGGAUAUGGAUUGCUUUAAUCAACUCAUUCAAUUAGCCAGUCUUAAGCCAUACUGUAAGCAAGGAUGUAUUUUCAUAGUCGAGAUCAAUGAGUUUGUGGCCUGCGAUGAGACCGAGGACAUGGAGUGCUUUAAUCAACUCAUUCAAUUAGCCAGUCUUAAGCGUAUGAUGGUCAAGAUUAAGCAGCGUGAUGAUUUUAAUAAAACAUGA